AUGCCGCCAUCAACAUCGUCAUCCAGCAAACGUUCACCGUCCCUAAAAUUGCUGAAAACAAGGCUGAAGGAAGUUAUGGUAACAUUUAAUGAUAUUUGGCAGUUUACCGAACAGUUUGAGGAGGAGGUUACAAAUAGUCAAAUAGAUAUACGCUUAGAAAAAUUGGAUGAAUUGUGGGAAAAAUUUGGCGAUACUUUGAUCGAGAUUAAGGCUCAUGAUGAUUUUGUUGUCGAGCAGGACGAUUUCGACGAGGAAAGGCAAGAAUUCAGCACCCGUUAUUAUAAAACCAAGGCAUUCCUAAUGGAUAAGAUCAAGGAACGACGUGAACCAUUGACGCCCAAUCAGUCCAUUCGAGUUGGUGACAUGACUAUGCAGGAACCACCAGACCACGUGCGCUUACCCCAGAUCAAACUACAAACAUUUGAUGGGGAUAUUGACGCAUGGCUAAGUUUUCGUGAUUUAUUCUCCUCAUUGAUCCACUUGAAGGCAGACCUACCUGAAGUUGAAAAAUUUCAUUAUUUAAAAGGCUGUCUGAUGGGAGAACCGAAGAAUUUGAUCGAUCCACUUCCAAUAACCAAAGCCAAUUAUCAAAUAGCAUGGGAUAUGCUUAUGAAAAGAUACAAUAAUUGCAAGCAACUCAAAAAGCGGCAGGUAUUGUCUUUGUUUAAAUUACCUACUCUUUCAAAGGAAUCUGUACCCGAGCUACACAAUCUGUUGGAAAGUUUCGAACGAAUAGUGCAAACACUCGACCAAAUCAUACGACCAGUAGAUUAUAAGGAUUUGCUACUGGUAAACAUGCUCUCAACACGUCUCGACCCCGUCACGCGUAGAGGUUGGGAGGAGGUAUCUUCAACCAAGGAACAGGAUACGAUUGCAGACCUGACUGAUUUCCUGCAUCGACGCAUAGGAGUAUUGGAAUCAUUGCCGCCAAAACCGGUGGACACUAGAGGUGUGCCACAAUUCCCAACCCAAAACAAGCAGAAAUUCGGCACGGGAAAGGCUAAUUUCAAUAGUUUCCCAACUGCCACGAUACGAUGUGUUGCCUGCAAGGAGAAUCAUCUUUUAUACCAAUGUUCGAGAUUUCGGUCUAUGUUAGUAUCAGAAAGGGAUACUUUGCUAAAAACGCAUUCGCUUUGCAGAAAUUGCUUUAAAACCGGACAUCAAGCAAGAACUUGCGAAUCCAAAUAUAGCUGUAGAAACUGCAAGGGUCGUCAUCAUACGCUUGUGUGUUUUAAACCUGGUAAGGAUUCGAAUGUCAAAAUAGCAUCAGUCGCAAGAAAUGAUUGUAACUCCGAAGAAGCUGGCUGUUCAUCAGGUUCUAAUUCCUCCCGUGUGGCAAACACUGCAGCAAGCGAUGUUCAAUUGUCUGGAAGUGCGCAGCGAUUAUCAUCAUCGAUUUUAUUGGCAACAGCGGUGGUGCUGAUAGAGAACUGUGAAGGCAGUUGGUAUCCAGCUCGCGCACUUUUAGAUUCUGGUUCCGAAAGUAAUUUCAUUUCCGAGCGGCUAUGUCAAAGGUUGAAACUGAAACGAGACGAAGUGGAUAUUUCAGUUCUUGGAAUUGGGCAAGCUGCAACCAAGGUUCACCAUAGGAUACAUACAGCAGUUAAGUCUCGGAUUUCAAACUACACGCGGGAGAUGAAUUUCCUAGUCCUACCCAAGGUCACGGUCAAUCUUCCUACAGCAACGGUAAAUACCAAAGGUUGGUCCAUCCCAAAUGGAAUUAAGUUGGCGGAUCCUGCAUUCUUCGAAUCCAAGGCGGUGGACCUGGUUCUUGGCAUUGAGGCAUUUUUUGAAUUUUUUGAAUCUGGAAAAAGAGAAACAUUAGGAGAAAAUUUACCAAUACUCACCGAAUCCGUUUUUGGGUGGAUAGUGUGUGGAGGAUUAUCCGUUCCAAACCAUGACAUCCACAUCAACUGCAACGUUUCUGCUUCCGAAAAACUGGACGAUUUAAUUGCUCGAUUUUGGUUCUGCGAGGAAAUUGGAUCAACGAAAUAUUCACCGGAAGAAACACGCUGUGAACUAUUUUACCAGCAGACUGUUCGGCGAGAAGCAAAUGGACGGUACAUAGUGUCACUACCGAAAGAUGAAGGCGUUUAUCCACGGUUGGGCGAGUCAAGGGACAUCGCAUUCCGGCGUCUUCAGGGAAUUGAGAGGAGGUUGGCUCGAGAUUCCACAUUAAAAGAUGAAUAUACCGCAUUCAUGCAAGAAUACCUGGAGCUAGGUCAUAUGAGGAAAAUUAACGCUGAUGAGCGUGAUAGUGUGAAGAGAUGUUAUUUGCCACAUCACCCGGUUAUAAAGGAAACCAGCACAACUACCAAAGUGCGUGUCGUCUUCGAUGCUUCCUGUAAGACGUCCACAGGUGUAUCUCUCAACGAUGUACUACUGACAGGGCCGGUGGUACAAGAUGAUUUAAGAUCAAUAAUUCUGCGUAGUCGAACUUACCAAAUUAUGCUUGUAUCCGACAUAGAGAAAAUGUUCAGACAAGUUAAUGUGUGUCCUAUGGAUAGAACGUUGCAGAGCAUUUUAUGGCGUUUUCCACACGAGGAUUCCGUUGGUACAUAUGAGUUGAACACCGUUACCUACGGAACAAAACCCGCACCUUUCUUGGCUUCUCGAACGUUGAAAGAAUUGGCAAUGAAUGAGGAGCAAAACUUUCCACUGGCAGCCAAAUUUAUAAUAGAGGACACAUAUGUCAAUGACAUCAUCACAGGAGCAAACAACAUAGACAGCAUAAAUAAUUUAAAAACACAGCUUAAUCAAAUUAUGGAUCGAGGCGGAUUCAAACUACGGAAAUGGGCAUGCAAUCGAUCAGAAGUUCUGGAAGGAAUUCCCAAAGAAAACCUAGCACUGUGCGACUCAGUCGAAUUCAAAAUGGAAACAGAUCGUUCUAUAAAGGCCUUAGGAUUGGCCUGGAUCCCAAAGGGGGAUAAAUUAAUUUUCCAGUUCAACAUUCCAUCUCCAACAACGAUCAAGCAGCUCACCAAACGCCAAAUACUGUCCGUCAUUGCAUCGUUGUUUGAUCCACUAGGGCUAUUAGGAGCUACGAUUACUGCAGCCAAGAUCAUUAUGCAGCUGCUAUGGUCAUUAAAAGACGCAAAUAACAAAGGUCUAGAUUGGGAUCAACCUGUACCAUCGAAAGUUGCAGAGAUGUGGUUGAAGUAUCAUGCGGAGCUUCCAUCAUUGAAUGAAAUACAAAUAGAUCGAUGCGUGGUCAUCCCCGAUGCAACCAUGAUAGAAAUUCAUUGCUUUUCGGAUGCCUCGGAGAAGGCAUAUGGUGCAUGUUUAUAUAUUCGAAGCCAGAAUGUAAACGGGAAAAUUCAAGCCCGGCUUCUCACUUCCAAAUCCAAGGUGGCGCCAUUAAAAUGCCAGACGAUUCCCAGACUCGAGCUGUGUGGUGCAUUUUUGGCAGUACAACUGUACGAGAAGGUACGCGAAUCAACGCGAUUUAAAUCAAAAGGUUAUUUUUGGACGGACUCCACAUGUGUACUGCGUUGGAUAAGAGCAACUCCAACGACAUGGACCACCUUCGUGGCCAAUAGAGUGGCAAAAAUACAAGCUGUUUCUGAAGGUUGUCAAUGGAAACAUGUUCCAGGUAUCAACAAUCCAGCAGAUAUGAUUUCCAGAGGAAUUUCACCCCAUGAAAUCACAAUGUCCAAGAUUUGGUGGCAUGGACCAAGAUGGUUGGAACAAGAAGAAAGUACCUGGCCCGAUUUCAACUUAAACAGCAUUGCUGAACUAGAAGAGGAACUACGUCCUAGAAAAAUCACCAGUUCCGCAAUCAAGGAGUUCAGUGAGUGGUACAUUGAAAAAUUUUCCACUUACACUAAAUUAAUAAGAAGCACCGCAUAUUGGCUGAGGUUGAUCAAUCGUCUUCAAUCAACAUGCAAGACUAAGGAGCCAAACACAUUCCUUACCACUGCAGAGCUACGACAAGCAGAAAACACAAUAAUUCGUCGAGUUCAUCAGGAAACGUUCAUUGAUGAGUGGAAGAGCCUAUCCAAAGGAGAACCGGUGUCGAGAAAAUCAGCGUUGCGUUGGUAUAAUCCAUACAUCUGCAAAGAAAAUUUGAUUAGAAUAGGAGGUAGACUAUCGAAUUCGAACGAAACAGAGGAUACAAAACAUCCAGCGGUGUUGCCGGCUCGACACGUAUUUACUCGUAUGCUGAUGCGAUAUUAUCACGAAAGACUAUUGCAUGCUGGUCCACAGUUGUUGUUGGGAACAGUCAGGUUGAAAUUUUGGCCAUUAGGAGGAAGGAGUGUCGCCCGAAAUGUAGUUCACCAAUGCUUGAAAUGUUUUCGAGCAAAGCCAUCAACAGUCCGUCAGUUUAUGGGGGAACUGCCAGCAGCACGCGUCACGCCAUCUCGUCCAUUCCUGAAUACCGGAGUUGAUUACUUCGGACCUCUUUACGUACGAGUAGCUCCUCGACGUACCACAACGAAGGCAUAUGUUGCCAUUUUCAUUUGCCUAUGCACAAAGGCCGUGCAUCUAGAGUUGGUGUCUGACCUGUCGACUGACCGAUUCCUUCAAGCCCUACGCCGGUUUAUAUCAAGAAGGGGGCUAUGUGCACACAUCUAUUCUGACAACGGGACAAAUUUUGUCGGAGCCUGGAAUAAAAUAAAAGAAAUUUUCAUAAGAAUGAAGAGCAACGAUUACCGUGAUACGAUUUCCAAGGAAUGCACCAAAUAUGGUAUCCAAUGGCAUUUUAAUCCUCCACGUGCUCCCCAUUUCGGAGGUUUAUGGGAGGCAGCGGUCCGUUCUGCGAAAAAACAUCUUCUGAAGGUCGUUGGAGAACAUCCGGUGUUGGUAGAAAAUUUGUCAACGUUACUGGUUCAGGUGGAAGGCUGUCUCAACUCACGUCCAUUGACUCCAUUAAGUGAUGAUCCAACCGAUUUAGAUCCUCUAACGCCAGCGCAUUUUUUAAUUGGUUCCUCACUCCAAGCACUGCCGGAACCAAGCACCGAAAAUAUUCCCAUCAACCGGCUUAAUAGAUGGCAGUUGGUACAACGACAACUCGAGGAUUUCUGGAAACGGUGGCGCCGAGAAUACCUUUGUCAACUUCAAGGGAGAAACAAACGAUGGAAACCUCCAUUGAAAAUCGAUGUUGACAAACUAGUGGUCAUUCAAGAUGACAAUCAGCCACCCAUGCGGUGGAAAAUGGGCAGAAUCAUCGCCACUCACCCAGGCCCAGAUGGUGUUGUUCGAGUAGUGACAUUAAAAACUGCCACAGGAAUUUUGAAGCGACCGGUAGAGAAAAUAUGUAUGCUUCCGAUAGUUGACUGCAAUGCCGAUUCAGCACAAGAACAUAUGUAG